AUGGAACCAAAAUAUAACUACAAUCAGCAGUCUGUACAGUUGCAACCCUCCAAAUCGCUGUCGUCGAUCUUUGGUGGGAACACCAAAUUCAAGUCAUUGGCCGCAGCCAAUUUCAUCUCGGAGAACGGGAUCAAGUCAGGGCUGGCGUCGAGGCAUAGCAACUCGCAGACCUCCAUAGCGGACACUUUCAGUGAUGCGUGGCCCGCAGUGGACAGUAUUGUAGAGGGGGAGACCCGCCAGGAUCACUCGAAGUUGCACCCAGCUCAGAAAGUACAGCGGAAACUGGAAGGUUUGUAUAUACCGUUGGAGGAAUAUACCGAGGGGCCCGCAGUGGAGCAUCACCAUCACGGGAUUUUCAAGAUGGGUACACACCUGCUAAAGAAACUGGGGACAGCAGCAACAGAUGUUGGUAGAACAAAUCACCAUGAGGGGAGCGCGAGGAAGACGGAGGGGCCACGCCUCGAUAAGAUCAAGUUCUUGGACAAGUACGAGAUUCUGAAUAAAGUGAUCGGGGAGGGCGCCACUGGGUCCGUCCAAGUCAUCAGGGAACAGGCCACGGGGACACUCUACGCAAUGAAAGUGUUUAGACCACAGCAGGUGGUGUUGGAGUCGAAACACGCGUACAGGAGACACUUGCAAAAAAUUAUCCAGGAGUUCUCCAUUGGGGUCGUGUUGCACCACGAAAAUGUCAUCAAGACAGUGGACUUGCUCAUAGAUAACGACGUGAACCACGUGUCCGUCCUGGUCCUCGAGUACGUCCCCUACGACUUCUUCAACCUCGUCAUGUCGGGACAGAUGACCGUAGAAGAGAGUAACUGCUACUUUAAGCAACUCGCCAGUACAAUACAGUACCUCCAUAAAAACGGCAUUGCCCACAGAGAUCUGAAACUGGAUAACCUCGUCGUCACGGACCAAGGGAUCCUAAAACUGCUGGAUUUCGGGUCCGCGUUCAUUUUCAAAGCUCAGGGCCAGGGGGGCGUAGAGAAAUGUCUAGGGAUCGUCGGGUCAGACCCAUACUUGUCCCCAGAACUACUGGAGACAACUUACAAAAAAUAUGACCCACGUCCAGUAGACGUAUGGGCAUGCGCCAUCAUUUACUACUGCAUGAUCAUGGGGAAGUUCCCCUGGAAGGCCCCGCGGAAAUCGUUCAAUUCGUUCAGACUGUUUUCAGAGGACCCAGACGACGAGGCAGACGUCUCAAAGGGACCACUGCGUUUACUUAGAGUGCUUCCCAAGGAAUCGCAGCAUAUAAUAGCGGGGAUGCUCCUCUUGUCACCGAAAACUAGAGCCACAGUAGAGGAGGUCCUGGAGGACCCCUGGGUCCGUUCUAUCCAUCGUUGUCGUGCGGGACACAAUAACGAGGAUACAAUUGCACACGUCCAUCAUUUAGUCACCGAAGAGGGGCUGGAAGAACUCAAGAGGACGGAAAAAGACGUGCACGCCUUCCACCAUUUGCAUAUCAAUAACACCGCCUCAAGACAAUUAUCAAUGUAA